AAUAUGAUGGUUGUCUCGCAAACUUCUUGAAAGUGCACUACAUAGUAGGUGUAAAUGCUCCGUAUUACACAGCAUGUAGUGAACACUAAGGUAGCGAGUAGACUUCGGUUUAGGACACAGCCAUUGUCCCUGACAUUCUUAGGACUUUAUAAUUUAUUUGGUUUCACAGCGGCCAGUUAAAGGUAUGAGCACCGUGUUAAUGAGACUGAGACCACAGCUCCGUCCUGUCCGGGUAGUGUCCAGUGUCAGAGAAUGGAGGAGACAUUAUUCUGCUUAUGGCGGAGCACUCGAGCGAGCCAUAGCAGCUUUCCGCUCAGUCAGCGGUGAUGACGGCGUGUCUUUGGGUUUAGCAGUGCGAGAACAGCACGGAAGAGACGAAUCAGUGCACAGAUGUCGCCCCCCAGAUGUUGUAGUGUUCCCUCGGUCUGUGGAGGAGGUCAGUGCUCUUGCCAAAAUUUGCCACCAUCACAGAUUACCCAUCAUCCCCUUUGGCACGGGAACAGGCUUAGAAGGAGGAGUCGGUGCUGUGAAGGGUGGUGUGUGUUUCAGUCUCAGGAAGAUGGACCAGGUGUUGGAUUUGCACGCAGAGGACUUUGACGUGACGGUGGAGCCUGGUGUCACACGCAAAAUGCUCAAUUCGUACCUGCGUGACACAGGCCUCUGGUUCCCUGUGGACCCGGGCGCUGAUGCGUCUCUUUGCGGAAUGGCGGCCACCAGUGCGUCUGGCACUAACGCUGUGCGCUACGGUACCAUGCGUGAUAACGUCCUCAAUCUGGAGGUGGUGCUGGCAGAUGGGACGAUCAUACACACAGCAGGCAAGGGGCGGCGGCCGAGAAAGACAGCAGCAGGUUAUAACUUAACUAACCUGUUUGUGGGCUCUGAGGGGACGCUGGGGAUCCUGACCAAAGCCACACUCCGUCUCUUUGGCAUUCCGGAAGGCAUGGUGUCUGCCGUCUGCUCCUUCCCAUCGGUUCAGGCAGCCGUGGACAGCACGGUGCAGGUGCUGCAGGCUGGAGUGCCCAUCGCCCGCAUCGAGUUCCUGGAUGAUGUGAUGAUCUCUGCCUGUAACCACUUCAGCUCUCUGUCCUAUUCGGUCCUGCCGACGCUCUUCCUCGAGUUCCAUGGCAGCUCCAGGAGUCUGGAGGAACAGGUGUCCAUCACAGAGGAGAUCACACGGGAGAAUGGUGGCGCUGACUUCGCCUGGGCUGAGGAUGAGGAGACGCGUUCACAGUUAUGGAAAGCUCGACAUGAUGCGUGGUACGCUGCACUGGCACUGCGACCAGGCUGCAAGGCGUACGCCACAGACGUGUGUGUGCCGAUCUCUCGUCUGCCUCAGGUCAUAGUGGAGACCAAAGACGACCUCAUCAGAAACAAUAUUACAGGUCCGAUCGCAGGUCAUGUUGGAGAUGGGAACUUCCACUGCUUAAUUGUGCUAAACCCUGAUGACCCUGAUGAAGUGAUGAGGGUUCACGAGUUUACGCAUAGAUUGGCCAGGAGAGCUCUGUCAGUUGACGGGACGUGUACAGGAGAACACGGCGUGGGUUUGGGGAAAAGGGCUCUGCUGCGAGAGGAAUUCUGCCCUCUGACCAUGGAGGUGAUGCAAGGCAUCAAAGCCACACUGGAUCCCAAAAACCUCAUGAAUCCUGGGAAAGUCCUGUAGGUGACCUUUGAGCAGUGGAUUCAUAAGUAACUAGGACAGAACUAUCAUCUCUUGUAGGGUACAUGUGCAGCGUUCUUCAUAGGACGUCACUCGUUUAGUGUCCUGAACACAGGAAUACAUGGAAAUGGUUUUCAAAGUCUUCUUGAUAAUUGUUAUUGUCAUGUUCUUUCUAGCCAGGUUUCUGUGUGUAUUUCCUAUAAUCAAAUAAAAUGUGAUGCAGU